AUGGUUGCGAAAAGUCGGUCGGCGAGCGCACGGCGGUCAGCGGUGGCAGCCAGCAAGAAGAAGGACGAGGCUCCGUGGCCAGUGAAGCAUGCAGCUGUCGUGGAUGGAGACAUCAUCCUCGGCGGCCUCAUGAUGCACCUUAGCAUACAAACUUCUCUGCAGCUGAUAACCUACAAUAUUUAUCGCCGGGUACUGUAUUCAUGGUGUGACAAACCUACCUUCUCUCAGGUUCACGGGCGAUCGGAAGGCGCGACCUGCGGACCAGUGAUGGCGCAGGGAGGUGUACAGGCGUUAGAAGCCAUGCUUUAUGUCUUGGACUACGCCGCGGCCAACAACAUCGGGCCGCCUGGCGUCAAGAUAGGCGCGCUCGUGCUUGAUGACUGCGACAACGACACUUAUGGCCUGGAGAUGGCGCUAGACUUCAUUAAAGGUUCUAUCAGCAAUAUAGAGGAGGAGUAUGCGUGCGCAACGCGUGGUGUACAACGGCAAAUCAUUUCCGGUGUCGUGGGCGCCGCCUCAAGUGUCACAUCCGUUCAAGUUGCCAACCUACUACGAUUAUUCAAGAUCCCCCAGGUCUCCUACUUCUCAACGUCACCAGAGCUGUCAAACAAAGCACGCUUCGAGUACUUCACUCGUACAAUACCGUCAGAUCUGCACCAAGUGAGAGCUAUGGUCGAAAUCGUCAAGAAGUUCGGUUGGCGUUACGUCUCCAUCAUCUACGAGGAGUCUAAUUAUGGAAUUAAGGCGUUCGAAGAACUAGAAACUCUUCUAGCCCGAAACGAAAUUUGUAUAGCAGUGAAAGAACGACUAGUAAAGGAUUCUGGUGAAGCUACUGCGAGCGCUUAUGAUGCUAUAGUGGCGCGUCUGCUUUCACGACCUCGGGCAAGAGGAGUGAUAGUAUUCGGAUCAGACCAGGAGGUAGCGGGAGUGAUGCAGGCGGUGGUGCGAGCAGGUGCGGAGGGGACGUUCGGCUGGGUCGGUUCUGAUGGCUGGUCGGCGCGAGCUCUCGUCGCCACAGGUCGCGAGCGGGCGGUCGAAGGAACCAUAUCUGUGCAGCCAUUGGCGCGACCGGUUGAGGGUUUUCGAGAGUACUUCCUCAACCUGACCGUGCACAACAACAAACGGAAUCCCUGGUUUGUAGAAUUCUGGGAAGAGCAGUUCCAAUGUCGCUGGGAAGGUCUAGGGGCGGCCCGAACGCCCUACAACGCCCAUGCUCGCCGCUGUACAGGAAAAGAACAACUGACGAAUGAGAACACAGAACUAGAAGCACAACUCCAGUUUGUAGCUGAUGCAGUAUUGGCAUUUGCUCAUGCUUUACGAGAUAUGCAUGCGGUUGAGUGCGGAGGUGCUCCAGGAUUAUGUCCGGCAAUGAAACCUCCCCAAGGACCUCUCCUUCUACGGUACCUGAGGAAUGUGCGGUUCACUGGGCUGAGCCGCGAAGAGUUCCACUUCGACAGCAACGGCGAUGGUCCUGCGCGAUACAAUAUCAUGCAUUUCAAGCAGGUGGAGCCGGGAAUAUUUCGCUGGCUCAGGGUGGGGCGGUACCUGGAUGGCGAGCUUGAACUCGAAAUGGACGAAAUCCAGUUCAAAUUGGAAACACCUCGGCCCCCCGAGUCCGUGUGCAGUGCCGAGUGCGAGCUCGGACAGGCCAAGCAGUAUGUAGAGGGAGAGAGCUGCUGCUGGCACUGCUUCAACUGCACGCAGUACGAGAUUCGUGCUCCCGAGUCAGAGACGGCGUGCCGCGAGUGUCCACGUGGAACGCUACCAGAUGAGACGCGCACGCACUGCGCUUUGCUUCCUGCACACUAUCUUCGCCCCGCUUCACCAGCAGCACGGGGUGCUAUGGCGUUCUCCGCGCUAGGCAUUCUCUUCACCGUGUUUGUCAUCGGUGUAUGGAUAUGGCGCGGAGACACCCCUGUAGUCCGCGCUAGUGGGCGCGAGUUGAGCUACGUGCUUCUCGGUGGUAUCCUGAUGUGCUACCUCGUCACAUUCGCCCUCGUUCUCCGGCCUACGGAUGCCUUGUGUGCUGUGCAACGAUUUGGCACCGGGCUGUGCUUUACGAUAGUCUACGCGGCACUUUUGACGAAAACCAAUCGAAUCGCGCGUAUAUUCGCGGCGGGUGAGCGAUCAGCACGCCGGCCAGCUUUCAUAUCACCGCGCUCUCAGCUUGGCGUGUGUGCAUUACUCGUUGGUGUUCAGGUUGUCAUAGUAGGAGUAUGGCAGGCUGCGGCACCUGCACGGGCGGUCAGACAUUUACCCUCACGCGAGACAGCAGUACUGGUCUGUGACGCAUACGUCGAUGCGUCAUAUACACUAGCAUUCAGCUACCCUGCUGCACUCAUCGCAACCUGCACAGUCUACGCUGUGCUGACACGCAAGAUUCCAGAAGCUUUCAAUGAAAGCAAACAUAUCGGUUUUACGAUGUACACAACCUGCGUGAUCUGGCUCGCCUUCGUGCCGCUAUACUUCGGCACGGCAAGCCACGUGGCGCUGCGAGUCACAACCAUUGCUGUCACCAUUUCUCUAAGUGCGUCCGUCACGCUUGCUUGUCUGUUCGCUCCUAAGGUGUACAUAAUCCUGUUACGACCGGAGCGCAACGUCAGGGGUUGUCUGAUGCCGGGCCGCUGGCGCACCGCUGGAGGCGGAGCGGCCGGAGGCGCCGUGUGCGCCGCUCUCGUGGGCGCCGCCGCGCCGCUGCCGCCACGUGCGCCUUUGACAGCCACGCCAUCUACUGAUCGCUCAACGCUUAACGACGAUCGCACACCGAGCUCGUGUCUAGACCGCCAAGUGCAGACGGAUCCCUCAGAAUUUGCCUCAGCCCCUGCUCCCCCGACGGCCGCAGCCGCCGCGCCCGACCCCGCCGCCGAGCUUCAGCUUGACGCCCGCGCGCUGCGGGGGGGCCUUCCCCCCUUCCCACUCCAGGAGCCCCCGGUGCCGAACGGACCGAGGGCACCCGCGCUCGCUGAGAAACGGUUAUAGCACAAGGCAAAUAAAAUACAAAUGCGCUCGAAGCGUAUCCCAGUGCUCGUGUGAUAUCGGAUAACCUAGAGCAACUCGAAAUAACCUGGCCAAAGAGUUUAUUAUAUUUAUCCUUUUUCUGGACACUUAUUGCUGAGAAUGACAAAGAAAGGUAUAUUGUAACCUCUCAGCAGCAAGAUAGCAGAAGGCAUCCGGCAAAAGGAUAAAUCUAUUAGUCCAUUAACAGAACGACCAUAAACACAUUUUAUCGAUAUAAGUCAUUUUACAAACAAUCUUUAUUUCUUAGUUUGAAUUAUUUUUCUUGGAAAACUAAAUGCCAGUAAAUAUACUAUAAAUUUAAAUUACAUUGUUAAGUAAUAGGCAAGUUAUUUUAUUAAAAUGGCUCAUUACUUGCUCACAAACUUAUACCAAUUUUAUUGUAGCAUUUAAAUAGUAUGUUUACCUACACAUCGUCAAAGAGAAAAUAUCAUUAUGUACCUACUCGUAAUAGAGGUACACAAGAUGGUGUUCGUUUUGGAAUAAAUCCGUUUUGCUCUGGAAAAGAAAGAAUGGCAUCGAAAUAUUCAAAGUUAACACCAUCUAAAACAUAGACGCUUUUUUAUAGAUUUUCGUACAUUGACGCGUGCAAUAGAGAUAGCAAUACGGUCAAUGAACUAAAAUGUAUAUGAAAAGCGUCUCUGUUUUAGUUAACCUGCUCGUUCCUAGCAGGAUUGCUUUUUCUAGUAUGUUGCUCUCUUUGUUCUGAUUGUAGAAAACAAAAAUCGUGUGUAAUUUCAAAAUGUAAAUAGGUACCUAAUUACAGAU